AUGCUCUCCUCUUUCCACUCCCACAAAAAGUCCUCAUCUCUCUCUCACUUUCUCGCUCUCUCUGUCUCUCUCUCUCCGUUCACCAGCAAGAAAUAGAGAAGAGAGGCAAUCAGGAGAGUCUCGUUGCGGUCUGCUUGCUCGCCGGCGUCGCCAUGGCUCGUGACUCCCUCGGCGGGGCUACCGCGCUCCUUUUCCUCCUUGUCUCGGUAGCGGUAUCCUCGGUAAAGACGGAAUCUGACGCCUCCACGGCCACAUUGGCCACCGCAUCAUCGGGCGGGCAGAUCAACUCCAACUCGGUUCUUGUCGCCCUACUCGACUCGCACUACACGGAGCUGGCGGAGCUGGUGGAGAAGGCGCUUCUGCUCCCCUCCCUGGAGGCCGCCGUCGGCCGCCACAACCUCACCAUCUUCGCCCCUCGCAAUGAGGCUCUCGAGCGAGACCUUGACCCCGAGUUCAAGCGCUUCCUCCUGGAGCCCGGCAACCUCCGCUCCCUGCAGACCCUGCUCCUCUACCACGUCGUCCCUGCCCGCAUCCCCUCCGAGGCUUGGCCCCAGUCCCGCCACCCCACCCUCGCUGGUGAUCAUAUCCACCUCUCCUCCUCCGGGGAAGGAUCUUCCGGUGGGGGCAAGACGGUCGGCCUCGCGGCCGUGGUGCAGCCGGACGCGGUGGUCCGCCCGGACGGCGUGAUCCACGGCAUCGAGCGCCUUCUCGUGCCACGGUCCGUGCAGGAGGAUUUCAACCGCCGGCGCAGUCUCGCCGCUAUCUCCGCCGUGCUCCCCACCGGCGCCCCCGAGGUGGACCCCCGCACCCAUCGCCUCAAGAAGCCGGCGCCGCCCGUCCCGGCCGGCGCUCCUCCCGUGCUCCCGAUCUACGACGCCAUGGCCCCAGGCCCGUCGCUGGCGCCCGCGCCCGCCCCCGGCCCGGGCUCCGGCAAGCACUGGUUCGACGGGGAGAGCCAGGUGAAGGACUUCAUCCAGACCCUGCUCCUGUACGGCGGUUACAACGAGUUCGCCGACAUCCUGGUGAACCUGACGUCGAUGGCGACAGAGAUGGGGCGGUUGGUGUCGGAAGGCUACGUGCUCACCGUCCUGGCCCCCAACGACGACGCCAUGGCGCGGCUGACGACGGACCAGCUCAGCGAGCCCGGGGCACCGGAGACCAUCAUGUACUACCACCUCAUCCCCGAGUACCAGACGGAGGAGAGCAUGUACAACGCGGUCCGCCGGUUCGGGAAGGUGCGCUACGACACCCUGCGGGUGCCGCACAAGGUGGUCGCGAGGGAGGCCGACGGCUCCGUCAAGUUUGGCGCCGGCGAGGGCUCCGCCUACCUGUUCGACCCCGACAUCUACACCGACGGCCGCAUCUCCGUGCAGGGCAUCGACGCCGUUCUCUUCCCUCCCGACGAGGACGCCCCUCCCGCCUCCCCUCUCUCCCCCGCCGCCCGCAAGGCCGAGCUCGCCCAGGUCAAGGCCAAGACCAAGCUCAAAGCCAAGCUCCGAAGAGGGAAAUUGUUGGAAAUUGGAUGCAGUUUGCUUGGGGUGUUGGGUCAAAGCUCUCACUUUGCCACUUGCCAAUAGAGAUCACACUGUCUGAGACACAUACAAAAAAAAAGUAGAGGUAAAAGCAUGACAGAGAUAUAGCUGCACCCUUUUAUUCUUUGCUUAAUAAAAAUGAUGAUGGUGGAGGGAGAAGGGGAGUGUUUGGAAUGUUGAUACUGGUGAUUGCUGAGGUGUAUAGGAAUAUGUCCCCCACACCCCCCCCCUCCCCCUUUUUUUUUCCUCAUCCACAUUUGUUUUGAUACAAAGUCAAUUUGCAAUACUGCCCUCAAAUUCUCUCUUUCUUGAUUUUGUGGAGCAUGAACUAUAUGUAGCAUUAUAUUCUCCCUCUAUUUCAUGGAUUUUGAAAUCUACCAAUCAGAUAGAAGGUUUUUUGAA